AUGUCCAACCGAACCACCGUGACCGCAUUCCUUCUCCUGGGAUUCUCUGAUGUUCCAGAAGUGCAGAUUGUAUAUUUCAUACUGUUCUUAGUAAUUUACCUGGCAGCACUGCUGGAGAAUCUUCUUAUCAUCACAGCCAUAGCACUUGACCACCACCUUCACACUCCCAUAUACUUCUUCUUGAUGAAUCUGUCUGUCCUAGACCUUGGCUCCAUCUCUGUCAACAUCCCCAAAUCAAUGGCUAAUUCCCUAACCCACACUAGGUCAAUUUCCUAUGCUGGAUGUGUCACCCAGGUUUUUUUCCUUGUCUUCUUGAUAAGAGCACCUUUAUUCCUUCUUACUGUCAUGGCAUACGACCGAUAUGUUACCAUCUGCCAACCACCGCACUAUGAGAGAGUGAUGAACAGCAGAGCUUGUGUCCAAAUGGCAGCAAGUGCCUGGAUCAGUGGUAGUCUCAAUUCUGCACUGCACACCGGGAACACGUUUGCAUUAACCUUCUGUGGAGGCAACAUGGUGGAUCAGUUCUUCUGUGAAAUACCCAAGCUACUAAAGCUCACCUGCUCUGACUCAUACCUCAGUGAAGUUCAGGUUCUCACCUUUAGUGCAUGCUUAGGCUUAAGCUGCUUUGUUUUAAUAACUUUUUCUUAUGUUCAGUUCUUCAAAACAGUGCUGAGAAUCCCCUCUGAGCAAGGACGCCAUAAAGCCUUCUCCACCUGUCUUCCUCACCUCAUUGUGGUCUCUUUAUUUGUUUUCACUUGCAUCUUUGCCUACCUGAAACCAAUCUCUAUAAGUCUUCCCUGCAUCCUGGCCACUGUGUUAUAUUCUGCAGUGUCCCCAGUAAUAAAUCUGCUCAUUUACAAUCUGAGAAACAAGGAAAUAAAAGAAGCUCGAGUGCACGAGUCAGGGCCACUAGUUCAGCAAGCUGGGCAGAUGUUCCCGCAGGGUCGAGCAAACCACGUCUCCGCCGAGGCCCCCGAUGAAGUCACCGGUGUGCGCUGGCCGUCAGUCAUCGCUAUAAUCUGUCGGCCACCAGGAGGGAUCCGGGCAAGGCUAAAUUUCAGUCUCGAGCCCCACGUUGGGCGCCAAAACUGUUGCCUGCCCAGAACCGGGCCUCGAAAUGGCAAACAGGGGUUCGUUGCCCGGUGUGCUUGGCACCAAUAA